AUGGGGACUGCUCAGAGCGUCGGGCGCCGGGAUUCCUACGCCGACACCGGAGCAGGCGGCGAGGACCUCAUCAGCGCGCUUCCAGACGACAUGCUCGUCCACAUCCUCCUCCAGCUCCGCGACGCCGCCGCCGCCGCCCGGACCAGCAUCCUCGCCCGACGGUGGCGCGGCCUCUGGGCCCUCCUCCCGCAGCUCACCUUCGCCGACGGCAUCGAGCACCACCGCAUAGUCUCCGCCCUCGCCGCACACCAAGUGCCGGACCUCCGCGGUCUCCGGGUCGCCACCCGACACGCCUCCGUCGAGUACCUGGCGGUCUGGCUCCCCAACGUCGCACGCCGCCUCACCGGAUCCAUGCUCCUCAGGGUGGUGUGGCACGACAACGAGGAGGUCGCCGAGCUGGAGCCCGAGCAAAGAGGGGCGAUUCUGCUUCCUUGCUUCCAGCGAGCCACCACGGUCAUACUCGAGUUCUCGUUCCUUCGCCUCGUCCUGCCGCCUUCCGGCGUAUUCGCCCGGCUCAACGUUCUCGAGCUGGUUGGCAUCCACCUAUAUGGCCAGUGCAGUCUCGGCAACGCUCUCUCCUCCCCGCGGUGCCCAUCCUUGCAGAUUCUCAGUGUCCAGAAUGCUCGUGGUCUGGGCAACUUCACAAUUCAUUCCAAGUCCCUCCUAGAACUGAAGCUAUUGAAACUACCUGACAUGCAGCAGCUCAUUGUCGGGGCACCGUCACUCCAAAUGUUAAUCAUCAUGGGUUGCUUUACCGAUGGGCUGAAUCCAAGUCAGCCAGUUGCCAACAUCUCAGCCCCUCGCCUGGAGUUGCUCUUGUGGACGUGUGAUUUUGUUCCGAGCUCUCUCCAGCUUGGGGAGAUGGCACAUCUUCAAUGUCUUGUCACUGGAAAUUUCUUUGUCUAUGGACCGAUUUCCUUUGCUCUACAAAAUCGCUGUUGCAUGAGCAUUCUGCAGCACUUUGAGCGUCUCAGUGUCCUCAAUCUCUAUAUUAUCUAUCCGCCGGUCAUUGGUAAUAUGGAAUACUUGAUGGAAGAUAUGACAAGUCUUCCCGACGUUACAAUAUUGAACCUGGAUGUAACUGCAUAUGUACAUUCAUUUGGAGCCAGCGUAUUCCAUGUUCUUAGGAUGUGCCCUUGUUUAAAAGCACUCUUAUUAAAUUUCCUGUGA